CUCCGGGAGAAACUCGGCUCCUCUCUCUCAGUGUGUGUGGAGACGAGCGAAGCGCAGGGCGAGAAAACUUUCCUCCGAUCCCCGUCUUGCGGCUGCACUUUGUGCCGCUUCAGCCCCACCUCUGGAUUACUUGCACAUCUGGCGGGACGAGACCUUUUCGUCUCAGGUCUCCUUCAGCUCGUUUUUCUGCGCUCCAGCACAGACGGAGCGCAGUUUCCGGAUAUCAGAACCACUGUUUUGGGAAGAUUUGCUCCUCAUCUGCUGCUGGGAUUUGUCCGUUUUCCUUUGUUUUCCUCUCUGUGAUAACUUCCAACGCGCAAUCAGCUCAUCUUCACAAAUCCUGCAGCCACAAUCAGAACAUGGACACACUAAGAUAACAAGGGUGAAGUCUUUGCUUGCCGAGAGAAGUUGAGCUCUGCGCUCGAGUUCAACAGGGCCACUUCCUGAUGAUGACAGUAAACAUGGAUGACGGUCUCCAAAAUGGACCCGGACAGCAGCACAGGAACUCACAAGACGACGAGGAGGCUCUCAACUCCAUCAUGAAGGAUCUGGCAGCUUUGGGCCGCUGCUACACUCUGCAGAACAGCCACAAGCCCAAGAGCAGAACUUUACUCUACAAACAGGAUUUAAGAGUCAAGCUGGAGCAUGAGAGAGAAAAACGAAUCAUCCCGUUUCAGAGGCCGCUGAAGAUCAAGGAGCUGCUGCAGAAAGUGACUGAGGCCUUUGGUCAGCAGAUGGACAUGUUCUUUAUGGAGAAAGAGCUGCUGCUGCCCCUGAAGACUCAGGAGGACCUGGAUCAGGCUGUGCUGACUCUGGGCUGCAGCUCCGGGACCAACGGGCUGCUCAGGAUACUGCUAAAGACCCCCAAAAACAACCAUUACCUACAGGUGAACAGCAGGGACAAGCAGAGCGAGAUGAGGUCAUCGCGGUCACUGGGAGAUCUGAAGGGCUCCUUGCUCAAGGGCUCGGAGAGGGUUCGCAAACACUCGACAGGUUCGCUCCACACAGGUCGGACGUCUCCACCUCCAGGCAGCGUUCCAGAGGAGCAGCAGCAAAUCGCCCGCCAGGGUUCCUACACCAGCAUCCACAGCGAAGGGGAGUUCAUCCCAGAAACCCCGGAUCAGAAUAUGCUGGAUCCCUUCGGGAGCGCGGACAACUCGCUGUCGAGCAGCUGUCAAUCAAUAGAUCAAGCACUGGACAGCCCUCCUUUCUCACAGAACAACCGCGACAAUAAUUACCUGAACCUCAACUAUGAAUACAAAGGUCGCCAUGGGAAAGGAGGGACUUUCCCACGCCAGUUCCAGUUGCCCAAUCGCAGCAAGGAUUACGGAGACCGUCGCAGGACGCUUCCGCGGAGCUUCAUGCCGCAGGAGAACCUUUUUCAGCUGGUUCCCUCCAGUCGCACACGCAGUUACAAUGGAGACAGUACGCUGCAGUACAGCGACCUGCGCUCACUGGGCCGACCUGCCGAUAAAAGCUGCCAGCGGGGUACAGCCAAGUCACCGCGGGCGCCAGUCAACUGGCGACAGGGAAAGCUCCUGGGGCGAGGGGCGUUCGGAGAGGUCUACCUCUGCUACGAUGCCGACACGGGCCGCGAGCUGGCCGCCAAGCAGGUGCCCUUUGAUCCCGACUGUCACGAAACCAGCAAGGAAGUGAACGCUCUGGAGUGUGAGAUUCAGCUGCUCAAGAAUCUGCGUCAUGAGAGGAUUGUUCAGUACUACGGCUGUCUUCGGGACCUCGAGCAGAAAAAACUCACCAUUUUUGUCGAGUUCAUGCCCGGGGGCUCUAUAAAAGACCAGUUAAAAGCCUAUGGGGCCCUGACAGAGAAGGUGACAAGAAGAUACACCAGACAAAUCCUCCAAGGAGUGUCCUACCUUCACAGCAACAUGAUUGUACACAGAGACAUCAAAGGUGCUAACAUCCUGAGAGACUCCUCGGGGAACGUGAAGCUGGGAGACUUUGGAGCCAGCAAACGUAUCCAGACCAUCUGCAUGUCUGGUACAGGAAUCAAGUCUGUCACUGGCACCCCCUACUGGAUGAGCCCCGAAGUCAUCAACGGGGAGGGUUACGGCCGGAAAGCUGAUGUAUGGAGUGUUGCCUGCACUGUUGUCGAGAUGUUGACCCAGAAACCUCCGUGGGCCGAGUACGAGGCCAUGGCAGCCAUUUUCAAGAUCGCCACCCAGCCUACGAAGCCAAUGCUUCCAGAGGGCGUGUCCGAUGCGUGCAGGGACUUCUUGAGGCAGGUGUUUGUGGAGGAGAAGUGGCGGCCCACCGCAGACGUUCUGCUCAGCCACCCGUUCGUCCAGGGCAGCUUCUGAGGCCCGUGGACCCCCUCUUCCCCUUCCCUGCCUGCGAGGUCUCCGUGGCCGCGGCGCCUCCCCUGCUCUCCGGCCCGCCCCGUCCCCAGGGCCCCCCGCCCCCCUCGCCACCCGGCUCCAGGGCUCAGCACCACUCCGACUUCCCGCCCUGUCAUCUAUCACCAGUGUCUGCCUUGUCAGGACCCCUGCAUCUCUCGACAACUAGCUCAACCCGGACUAUUCCCCGAGAGGCCAGGCUGACUGCUGUCACACCUCCAGAGUCCUCCGAGGCAUCGCAAUGUGUUCCUUCAGGAGCGGACUGACAAGAAGGCACUUAGCAGUCUCAGGAGCUCGCGACUCCUGUCCUUUAACAAGAGCAGGAAAAGUGACCCAAGCCAGAGUGAAGUGAAGCUUUCUGGGUCUCACUUUACACCUAUUUACUGCCACAGAACAGUGUCUCUGGACUGAGUAGACAUGGCGACCGGUGACACUGGUCACACCUGAUAGUACUGUAAGUCACUCGUCGGCCUAAGAUAGCUGUGAGUGGAAAUAAGAUGGUAAAAUAUUUUUAUACAACACAUUCAAAGUCAUCCGAGCAGAUGAGAUUUCUAUUGCCAUCCUGGAACAAAAAUGGAAAAUGUAUUUUCGUCAACGCCUUACAAUAAGACUUUGUAAGUCAGAAUGUCUUUUUUACCAUCUUAGAGGGUUGCCAUCGCCCUGCUUUCACAGCACUCACAACCCCAUCUAGAAGGACUGUCAACGUUGCACUUUUGAUAUCAUGCAUUGAAACUUUUCCGACAUGCAGGAUAAUCAACCGAGGAGAUAUUUUUCUAUUUGAUAAAUUUUUUUUUUUUAUAAUUUCAUACUGAGUUGCAAUGUAAAGAAAAAAGAACCAAACUUUUGCAUUAGUGUGCAAUGUCUCUUAAGCAAUACCAACACUACCGUUGGACUCGAGAACAUUCAUUCCAUCUUCCCAUGCAAUGAGCCUUGUUCCAUUCAGAAGUGGCCAAAGACAAGUUGCAGAAACAGAAAUUUUAGGCUACAUUAAUACACAGUAUUUGUAAUUGUUGGACUUUUUUUUGUCACCUCAGAGCCCUGUAGCCUUUUCUGUAUUAUGGCAGCUUUGUGCACAGUAGACUGCACAGACCAAAUCACAUGCAUUGUAUUGCUAUAAAGCGAAUUUAGAUCGAAGGACGCGUCUUGUUUAUGUUUCUGUUGUAACUUCUAUAUGAAUCCAUUCACCCCAUGCCUUUAUUUAGCUUUCCACACCAUUCGAAUGGGUCACUUUAUGACUUGACGGCACACCUCGCUCUGAGAUGAAGCUUAAUGUUACAAGUCGCCAAAAAGUGUCGAGUUGGAGAGACGGAGCUAAAUGCUGUAUUCUUUAAAGCGGAGACGAGAUGAAACUUUAACUGGGGGGAUUGAUGUCAGAGGUGUAGUGGCUAGCUGUAAUACAGUGGCACUAAAGGAACGAUCAAAUCUAUUUGACCCUUGUCAGUGCCUUAUCUGCUUGUAAACACAAACGUUCACUGCCAAAGCGUAGAGCUUCCUAGUAAAAGGCGAGCAGCUGUUUAGUAGAGAGCACACACAGGAUUUGCUGAAGUUCUUUUAUAUGGAAAAAAAAGAUUUUACUGUAAAUACAUAUUGUUCUGCACUUUUGUAUGAAAUUUCUUUUACAUUAUAUACAAAUCUAUUUGAUGAAAUAGCUACGUUAUACAGUAGAUUGUACUGUGAUUUAGACAGGACUAUGUAUGAUUGUCUCUUUGAAAGCUGGCAGGCAGUAUGAAAAGGUUGGGAGGCUUUCGAUUGGGACAGUUUGUUUUGUCUUAAUGACAAAGCCUUGAAACAUGAAAUGUAUCAAGUCAUCGAUCUUUUGUACAUUUAACUUAAUAAAUCAAAGGUCUAAGACUA